GAACCAAGAUGGCGGAUAAACCCGACAAAAGUUCCGAAAAAAGCUUUUUUUCUCGUACGGCGAGCAUUACCACAAAAAGAGCCAAGCGUGCUCAAGAAAAGGCGAGUUAAAAGAAUUUUAUUUUAUCCAUCUUUCUGCUAACUUCUGAGAAGUUUCGGGUGAUAAUGUAGUUAUACCAAGAGGAUGCCAAAGGGAGGUGGUUUGGCAAAUCGGAAGUAAUCGCGUCGUAAGUUACUUCCAUGCUAAAGAGUGUUUCUGGUAUUUCUAGGUGAUGCAAAAGCUCGGGAAAGCAAAUGAGACAAAGGAUCUUACAUUUGAUGAGUUCGUAAACAACUUCAAUAAACAACAGGUAAUAGGGCCUUGACGGACUCUUUAAAAAUAUUGUCAGUCUAUAACGAUCGCAUGCAGAUGUCAAAAAAUACCAUCUUGUAUAUGCGUGCGUAUUCUUAGUACAGAACUUUGCCUUCGGUUGCGUUUUUCCCUCAUACAUGAUUUUAAUUACAGUGUAAUGCGAUGUGAUAAUGAUGGAAUUUGUUUUGAUGAAUAUUGGAAAGCUAAGCAAAAGACUCAAACAAGUGACUUCCGAUCACCUUUUUCCUUUAUGUACAAUGUAUGUUGUAAUCUUCUGAACUUUAUCUAAGUGUGAUCGAAAAGGAUAGAGAAGAACUAAGAGGGAUUUACCUACUGUUUGAUCUACACUCUGUUCAAUGAUACAAUUUCAGAAUUGAACAAUCGACAUGAACACGCAAAUCUCGUUCAGCUCUGAGCUGAUGUACAUGACACUAACCUUUUGAACUACAUAAUUAUGAAUUUGAUUAAAAAAAAAAGACAUCAUCGAUUAAUAGCCCAGCUUUGUGGGACAGAUGUCUUGAUUUUAAUCAGUACAGUUGAAAGCAGGUUUUUUCAAUUAAUUAUUAGGACUACAACUUAGUCAUUUUGUUAUGGUAACCAUAUGGUCAGCUUGCACUAUUUCAGUCAUGCAAAUUUUUUACAUAUUUCAAUUAAAAAUGAAUGAGGGCUUUCUUUCUUUUCACCUUCUUAUACCUGUGCUUAAAUGGAAAAGAAAGUGAUGAAUAAUGAAUUGAUCAUAUCCAAAAAACUGCUUCAGAAUAAAUUGCAGAAAAAUUAAAUCCUGGAGAAAAUCAAAAUUUCAAUAAUUGGAAAUCUGGUAUCUGGGAGGUAAAGUGAAAACCCCAUAAUGAUUGAAAUUUUGAUUUUCUCCAGGAUUUAAUUUUUCUGCAAUUUAUUCUGAAGCAGUUUUUUAUUGAACCUUAGGUGUAAGACUUAUCUAAUACUAAAAUCUUUUCAUGGUUUAUCUUUCCUGGUAGUAAUUUCUUCUACUUGAGUUAAAUUGUGAAAAUAACAAAUAUGUUAUUUGUCAUCAUCUGCUGUUCCAAAUAUGAUAUAUUGGGAUUGAACAGCUAGUAAUUGAUGAAUUGUGUCCAAAAAAUUAUAGAUAAACAUAUACACUGAGAGGAGGACAUAUGUCACAAAUUGGGCCAGGUAAUUUGGCCCGUCAAUUUGUUGGUUUUUUUUAAUUAUUGGCUGCAAAACUUUAAAAAUUUUACCUUUCAUUUUGCCACUGGAAGGCCCUAAAGAUGCCAAGCCCUUCUUAAACUUCAUAGUUAUCCCUUUGACUACUAAGAAUGGCUAGCAUUUAAUUUCUCCUUAUAUUAAGUUACACCUUAAUCAAACAUGAAGGUCUUGAGAAUGAAAGGAAAUGAUCAUUCAUUAAAGGAGCUCUUUAUUGUUAAACAAAUUCUCAUUAAUUGCUGCUCUGUUUACUUUUUAGAGUGCAGCUCAAAGGUUACAUAAAGAAUUGAAAAAUUACUAUUCGUGUAUUAGAGGUGAGAUGAUGGAAAACUGACUCUUCAUGCAACUUUGCACAUUAGAGAGCCUUAUAGGUGUUUAUUUCAGAAUAAAGAGAGAUGUCUGACUUAGACUUGUUUGUUCUUUUCUUACAGCAAUGUUAGUAUCUAGUGAUGCAUUUGCAGAUGCAGUGAGAGAAGUGUAUGAACCUGAUUGGCCAGGAAGAGAUAAACUCAUUCAACUUAUAGAGGUUUGUGAUUAGAAUUGUUGAAUUUUGUUCUUAUUUUAUGCAAGAAUUGAAGACCUCCUGAGGAUCUUUAUUAGCAAGCAUAAUUGUAAAUUGCUAUUAAUAUUUCUGGCUGUCUCUUAGAAAUGCCAGGGACUUGUACCGUUAUCUUCAGCACCAGAGUAUAAGUAACUGUAUUUUUCCCCUUCAUACUUUAAUCAGGAAUUACACAGCCAGUGGUCUGAUUUAGUAGAAAAAAUGGAAGAUGAAGUUAUUAUUCCUCUGACAGCAUACCAGAGCCAAUUUCCUGAUAUAAAGGUAUCUACAGCCAAUGUUUGCACGAGAUUUAUAAAAUUAUUACAAAAACACUUCUUGUUAUACCAUUUCACAUGUGUAUUGGUUUUACAUCUUAACUAGCUGUGAGUGUUCAUGUUCCAUUAAAUGUAUUAUGUACUUGUUAUUGAUGUGUUUAUAUCACUGCAUAAUGUAACGUAAUUUAUGUUGAGAAAUUUGUAAUGUCUUGUGUAUAAAAUGUAGUCUUGUCUGUGUCCACUUUUUAGCAGCAGUUUUAUUGUUUUUUUAAAUGCCUCUUAGGAUAUGCUCUGUUAAAAAUGGUAAAUCUUUUUCUCUAUUGUCAGUUUAUUUGUAAGUUUUCAUUCUCUUUUAUUUAUCUUCCAUUCUCAUGUUUAGUACCAUAGUUGUUGAAUAAGAGGUUAGGCAAAGAUGCUUUGACUUCAGCAAGACAUAUAUUGUUGUUUGCCUAGAUGGCAUUCAAGAUGUAAGACAAAAUUUGUAGUUUGAUUUCUUAGUUUAAAGAUACGACUGACUUGUCAACAUGUUUGUUCUGGAAAGACGUAUUUAUUUGUUUUAUCCUUUCCAGGCCAGAAUAAAUAAACGAGGUAGAAAACUUGUUGACUAUGAUCGAUACAGACACAAUCUUGAGGUGAAUAUUUGUAGAUGAUGUUGUGACGUACUGAAAAAAACAUUUUGCUGAUCAGUGGCACAUUGGUUAUUUAAAACAAUUAUAAUGGAAGGUCUUAAAUUUUUUAGGGUGAUUUCAUUACAACAAUGACUUUUGGUCAACUGGUGUUAUUUUUGAUCAGCCUGGUCAAAAGAAUUGUGUAUUCAUAAGUUGAAACUAUUACCAGUAAGCUAUGGUUACCAUCCCUGGUCUCUAUGACUCUCACUCAUUUUCAGUCAAAGUUUUUCAGGCAUGAUGUUCAAGAACUUAUGCUUGAAUGUUUUUAGAGCAUGAAGGGUGUAACUGGAAAGAGAAUGUACAUGUAAUCCUUUCUGGAGUGAUUUGACAUCAACUUAUCAACUGGACAGUGUUUCUUUAGGCAUUUUGACUAAUUUCAGUUGCCGUAAUACUUCAGGCAAAAAGCUCUGUGAUUGUGCCUGUUCAGAGAAAUGUUAAGUUCUGGGUCCUUUGCUGUCUUCUGUAAAAAAAAAAACAUCACUCUGCAUUCCUUUUUUCACCUUAGCCCAGACUUUUUUACUUCAGAGAAGAAGCAACAAUGCUGAUCUACCUUGCCUUAAACUAAACUUUGGUUUCUUUUGUAGACACUAAAAUCCAAAGGAAAGGCAGCUGAUCAAAAGAAGCUUGCUCAGGUGAUCAUCUCAUUGUUACUCCAGAGCUUUCUUUUCGUCUUUCACCAGUAAUUGGCCAAUGUUUCUUGGUUUUUUUAAAUGCUUUGCGUUUAUGUUUUUUUUAAUGUUUUUUUUUUUUUUUAUGUCCUAUAAAAGGCUCUUAAAACUCAUUUAUUUCAGAAGGUGUUUGCUAGCUAAUUCAUUAUUUUUAUUGUUUUAUAAAGAAUAAUUUUUAAAUAGGAUUUUAGAAUCACUAGUCAUUGUUUUUAGAAUUUAAGACUUAUUAUUUUCUAACAAAUUAUUAGGUACGAUAUGUAAAUAGGACUUUAAUGAUUAAUUAAAUGUUGUUUUUUAUAAUUUUUUUGAAUUGUAAUAAUAAUUUACCAGGAUUUUAUAAUUUUGCAGAGUCAAUGUAAUGGGCAGAUGAAAAUUUAUUUUCCUGGAUUGAUAUUUGUGCAAUACAAAUCAAUAAAUAUUAUUAUAAUUAUUAUUAUUGUUUCAAGCACUAGAUCUUUGUCAGACUAAAUGACAAAGGGCUAACACUCAAAACAUCAGCUUUAAAAAACUCUUGAUGGUGGCCAAUUUACAUUAUCACCUCAGUUGAUAAAUUUUAUUCCUUACUCUUUGUCUUUCACCAGCUAAUCAGCUCUUGUUUCAUGGUUUAAGCCUUUGUCAGAGUGAAUGAUGAAAGGCUAAAACUUGAAGCAUCAGCUCUAGAAACUCUUGACAGUGGCUGCUAUACUCCUAGGAACUGAUGAAAUUAUUUUCAUUUGUUUUCGUAUUCAGGCAGAGGAAGAAUACAAUGAAGCAAAAUCUGUUUAUACAAAACUUCAUGCAGAAUUAUAUGAAGAAUUACCUGCUUUAUUUGACAGGUAAAAAAGAAGUCAUUUGAGUUAUUUUUAAUCAUCGACAACUUUUGAUAAAAUUUCUCAAUAGAGGUUUGGAAUAUUCAUAGAUGUUAGUUAUCCUUUUUUUUUUAACCUGAUUAACCCUUUCACUUUCAAGAUCUCAUUAGUAAUUCCCCUUACUGUCUGCCAUACAGUUCCUGUGCUGUUAGUUCAGAGAAUUGGGUAUUGGAUCAACUAAUAAUCCCUUGACUGAUAUUUUUCUCUAUUCUCAUCACUUGCAUACUUGAUAUUAUAUUAAUUGGUAUUCCAUGGAAAAAUUCUGCCCUAGUCAGUCAUGUGGGUUAAAAGGUUAACCUGACUAUAAAAGUGAAAAAUAACUCAGUCAUGUGACAUUUCCUUUAUUUUCAGUCGUAUUGGUUUUUAUGUGUCCUCAUUCCAAAGUAUUUUCACUGCUGAAGGAGUAUUCCAUAGAGAAGCUGCAAAGGUAAUUUUUGCAACUAAAAAGAAAACAUGUUGGGAGCAAGUCUUUGUCUUAACACUUUGCUUUGGAGUGUUGGGUUCUGCGAAGGGAAGAACUCAGAAUAAUUUAAAGGAAACCCUCAGGAAAAUACCUAAAACAAAGGUGAACUCAAUCUACAAGUGAUGCUAAGUCUGGAAAUUUUAAGCUAGCUUGAAAAAUUUAAAUUGGUUUAAAAAAAAUGAAACCAAAAGAAAAAAUUUUAAUCAUAACAGCCCCUUCAUCAAUCCAAGUUUCUUUAGCAUGAAAUAACUCAAGGGAUUUUGCCUCUUCUGGAAAGGAAUUAGUGGGCAUUAGUGUAGAUAAUGACUUCCUCAAGAAUUUGUGGUGGAAGUUUCCCCCAAAAAUUCACCGGUGACUGUUUACCUCUUGAGUAGAAAAAGGCAAGCUUGCCCAAGAACACAACUCUGUUGUUAAUGACCUGGCUAUGGCUUAAACCUGAACCAAUUUAACCUGAGUAAUUUGGUUCUAUUAACUGAGUUGAUAACGUAAAUUGGCCACUGUAAAGAGUCUCAAAGCUGACGUUUCGAGCAUUAGCCCUUAGUCAGUUACUGAUAAACUUUGCUCCAACUAAGGGUUAAUGCUUGAAAUGUCAGCUUUGCAACUCUUUACGGUGGCCAAUUUACAUUAUCAACUCAGUUGAUAAUACUAACUUACCCUGUUACACUCCCCCACUGACACAGCACCAUAGUUUCUUUAGAAGCUUACCCCCCCAUCCAAUUUAUCCUGAGACCAGCAUGCUAUCACCAGCAUAAAGUUCAUUAUCAACUGAGAAAGUGUUUGUCCAUCUUUACAAACUAAUCAUUACAUACUAUUUCAGACAAAAACUCAGAUGAAUGAUCUAAUGGAUGGUUUAAUUCAUGACAUGGCAACUGGAACAUACACUACUAAGAGACCUUAUCCCGUGGCUAGGUUUGUAAUGUUUUCUUUGUAAACUCCUUUGCUUUUUUAAUUCAAGUGUAGAAGAAUAUUUGAGAGAAAGAUGUUUUUGGUCUUAUCACAAACAUGGGACAAAGAAAAAAUUCUGAGUUCCCAUGGGGAAUCGAACCUCAGACCUUUCGAUUCUGCACUGCAAUGCUCUACCACAGAGUCACAGAGACUCUAUGGUGAGUGUGGCCCAUUACAAAGUUCAUACAUGACACGCGUCAUGCACACUGUCGGCAAUGGAUAUCAGGAUCAGCGAUGUCUAUAGUGUGGGCCUUGCUUAACCUUAGAGUCACUGUGGCUUAGUGGUAGAGCAUUGGAGUGUGCAAUCCAAAGGUCUGAGGUUCAAUUAUUUUUCUUUGUCCCACACUUAUGACAAGACAAAAAACGUCUUUCUCUAUUUCUUUAUCAAGUUUAAAACUUAUCAUCUUUCCUAUUGUAUGAACAAAGAAUAUUUUCCUUUCUGAUGUGAGCUUUUUACUCAUUAUCCUUAUAUUAUAUUCUAUGAUGAAAUCUAUGCACCACCAAACCCUUAAUACCAAACUAAGACAGAUUUUGUCUUAAAGAGUAUAAUGAUUAAUUUUGACUGAAUACCUUUUGAAUUUUCAAGUGAGAACCAAGUCUCAGACAGUGAUGAAAUGGACACUCAAACAACUUCAUCACAUGCAGAGAGUGGGGAUGCAGUAGCCUGCAUUGACGAAGCUAACCCUGUGGAAACCAGUGAUGGUAAGGAUAAUGUCCAAUGUCUAGUUUAACAAUGGAUCACCUUACAAAAUAGGAUAUUAAAUUCAUCACUCCGAAUAGCUUUCAUUGUUAAUUAUAGAAAUGAAUACCUCUUCCUUUAUUACUGAUAUUUUAUCACUGCUUUCAAAAUUCACAAGGAAGAAAUAGAUCACAGUCAAAACAAUGAAAACAAACAAGUUUUGUUUUCUUUCAGAUGGAACAGUCAAUCAAGCUGAAAAAGCAGUAGAUGGAGUCGAUGGUAUUAUUUUAAAUUUUUAGUGAACAUAAUGAUCAGUGAAUUUUAUUCACUCUUGACCCUAUUUUGAAUGCUAUACAUUUUUGCAAGCAAUUUCUCACAAGCAAGUUCUUCAAAGAUGCUUAACUUUUGCUACCAGAAGUAAUUUAAAGGAAUACCAGUAGCUCUGUGUGAGUGAUUGUCUCACAGAAUUCAUACUUAAUAUGAUAGGAUUCUUGCCUCAGAAAUAACAAUUUCUAUAGUUAGAGUAACCCUAAUUACCUAAAGAUAUAUCCUGAAGGCUUCAUCCCAAACAGUUAUCUUUAACUCUUUAACUCCUAUGAGUGACCAAGACAGAAUUUCUCCUGACAAUAUCAACACAGAAUCAAGCAGAUAAGUGAGGAGAAUAAAGAAGAAAUCUCAAUUAGGGGACUACAAGUUGAUCCAAUACCAAAUUCUUGAAAUUGAAAUCAUAAGUAUUUAUGGCAGACAAGAGGAAGAAUUACUAAUGAGAUCCUGUGAGUGAAAGGGUUAAGUUUGCAGUCUACAGUUAUCUUGAAAGGACUUUAUUUUCCCUCUGUGCUAUUAGGUAAAUUAUUAUUAGAUUAUUCAAAUAGUUGUCCACUAUUAAUUGUAAACUGUCAAUUCCUAAAUAGUUGUAACAAUAAGAAAGGGGCAAUGUUACAUCUAAAUUUGUUUUCUUCAGAAAGUUGAACAUCGUGUUUUUUUCCUCAGAUACAGUGUAUGAGUUUUCCUUACACAAAUGUCUAUUACUUUGGAAUUUUCUACCUCCAGAGAUGUCUGUUUUAAAUACUUACUAAAGGUGCCUGGGGAAGGUAGGGCACCUUAGACAGCUAGACUGUGUUACAUGCUGGACUUAUAUGUGUUUCUAGCUAUUUUGUGUACUAAACACUCAAAUUAAUGUCACUUUUAAAAUAAGCUGGCAUUCAUUUUCCAGCCCUAAACCCCUUCAUGCAGUCUGACCAUGAUGAACAGGAUGGGAGUGGGGAGACUGUGACACAAGCAGAUAAUCAACAGAAACCCAAGCCAGCUGCCAGACAACUACCCCCACAAUCACAGGUGGAAAAUGCAGAAAAGAAAGCACCAGAGAAACCGUCUGUGCCAUCUUUACCAUUGAAAAGGCCUUCACAAUCAGAAGCUGAAAGCACAGAGGUCUGUAUUGGGACAGUUUAAUUACUUGGAAAAAGUUGUCAAGAACAAGCUAAGGUUAAUUAAGAGCAAUUUCCAUUUGAAUAUCCAAAACAUGGGAAGUACUGUGUGGUCAGUCCAGAGGACGUCUGCCAUUUUCUCAGCCGAUCAGAUUCAAAAUGGAUACCAAUCACAACUUAGUCACCUGAGACUUCUGCUUUUCAUGCUGUUGACUUGUUUUGACCUGGUUGCUUGACAGAUUUUUUACUUUGAAUAUUUGGGGUAUUUGGCCUCCUCAACCAGAUUGCAGAUGUCAUCAUUAUUGCUGUGUUGGUAAUUUGACAAUUUUACUUCAAAAAAGGGAUCACCCUCAAAUGAAGAGGCUGCACCUGUCUCAGCCUCACAGACAGAACCUGUUCAGCCACAGCCACAGCCACAGCCACAGUCACAGGCACAGCAGCAGCCGCCUGAAGGAAGAGGACCUGAAAUUCCUGGAUUUCUUUACAAGGUAAAAAGGAAAAGUUCCUACCUAAGAUGAAAUGAUUAGUGAUAUUUAGGAAAGUACAGACUGUGUAACAGAACAAAUUAAAAUCUUCCAAUGCGGUGGCUUCAGCUCUUAACUUACAUCUUAGGCACCCUCUUUGCAAAAAUAAUGUGCCCUUUGUAGGGGUAUACAAUAAAUUAUUGAAAAUUGCCACUAACAGAAGAAAUCUGAGAGAGAAAACCUUUAAAAGCCCAUCUCAUGGUUUGGUAACGCAGGCUCUAUUUACACUUCCAGAAUUCCAAGAACUUAACUUCUGCUUUUCCAGCUCAGCCACAGAGAUGUUACUCUAUGUUUGCACGCCAUAAAAUUAGGCUGAGUUACUGAUUGUAAAUUGUUAUUGGAAUGUCUAGGUUCGAGCUGCGUACAGAUAUGCUGCUGAAGAUGAUGAUGAGUUAUCAUUUGAGAAAGGAGAGAUCAUAAAUGUUGUCGAGUUUGAGGAUCCAGAGGAACAGGUGAUUAUCAACUUUUUUUGUUGGUUUUGUUUCUUAUCCUUUAUUUACCAUCACUUAAGUGUGGAAUACUGUUCACACAGACAGCCCAGGGAGAGGAUACUUCCUGCAACGGACAACAAUGAGCAGUAAUGAAACAUUGGCAGAUCUACAACGCAUCUUUUGAGUUUACUUGGAAGAGAAAACUGACAACAUAUUUUGCUCUUUUCCAUCACAACAAGUGUCAUUUAGUGUUUUAAAAUUUACACUAUUUCCAUGAAAAUGGUGUUUUUUUUUGUUAAUAAUUUGAAAGCUCAAGUGUGGACCUUUUAACUGAGCAUCCAAAUAAAGAACAUACCAACAGUUUACUACCACCUCAUCCCACCCCGUUCUCUGUCAAGCAAAUGAGGUGUUCUGUUCUGUAGGAUUUGUUGUAUGGAAUACUCUCUUAUAGUCACAUGUUAAACUUGAUCCUGUGUAUAAAAACAGUUUAUGAAAAAAAAACUCAAAAUGUUUUUAAACUUAUCACCUUUCUAUUUAUCUAUUCAACUAAUAUGGUGUUUUGUAUCUGUUUCCUCCCACAGGAUGAGGGCUGGCUCCUUGGUAUCCUAGAGCUGAGCGGAAUUAAGGGUGUUUUCCCGGCAAAUUUCACUAAAAGAAUUUAAUUGAUAAUUUACUUCAAGUGAAGAAGGUUCAGUUAUGAGUAUGAUGGUGAUAAUGUUCUACUCACCAGUCCUGUCAUCAUUAUGUUUAAAAAGCACUGUUUAUUAGGGUUGUUAAAAAUACAAUGAUAGAGAAACGAGAUGGUGGCUAAUAUAUAAAAUUAUAAAAUAAUUCAAAUAGUAUGCGCGCUCUGAUUGGUCAUAAAACCAUUUUACAUGAGCAUAUGUAAACACGGUUUUCAUUCCUCUUUCAUUAGUUAGUUUCAUUAGCUUCGCGUCAUGGUUUCCUAUGCUUAUCUUGUGUUCUCCCAACCUCCCGCAUGUUUACAUCAGGCUAUGUAAACACGGAAACCAUUUUACAUUUCUUCACUUUAAGAUCAGUUUCUAAUUCUGAGGCCAUUGGUUGUUUGAAAAGUCUACAGAGGGAAAAAUUUUGUUAUUACUCCUCACUUCAGUUACCUUGAAUUCGCUCCCAAAAUUGUAGUUUUGCCACAUUACGAUAUUUCAUUGAAGAAACCACAAUCAUUGUAUUUUAACAUACUUUAGCUGUUAGCACUGACAUUAGACAUACACUGUAAUUAUUGACAGCACUUAGGGAUCCAAGAACCAUACUUUGAAUUUAUGAGCUUUAAAUGUUACAGAAAUUGUUAUUAAUAAUGAAAAAAUUCACAAUUUGUUUUUUGUACCAUAUAUAUAAAGUAUUUGGAUGAUCAAAAGGCAUUCACCUCUAUGGCAACAAUCUACUGUGAAAGGGAUACAGAUCCAAAACUGCUUGUGCAAAAUUAUCAAUAAUUUCUUGAAUUACAAAAUUGCAUCAUUUUCAUGGCUUUGAGACAAGAGUUAAGGGAAGGAAGGUUUGUUGUAAAUGAGAAAUGUAAUGAGUUUUCUCAAGGAGAGUGUGACUGGGCUGUACAUGGCCAAGUAAUUGGUACAAAUAAUUCUACAUUUUGAGCUAUGUAUAUGGAAAACCUUUUUGAGUGAAGAUGUGAAUGCAUUGUAAUUUAAAUCAUCUAAGUUACUUGUAUGUGUAUUACAGUUUUGCAUUUAAUUAUAACCAUUACAAAUUACUCAUCAUUGGUGCAUUCGCAGCUUCAUUUUUCACUAAUCAUUCUGUAUAGUUGUAAUUGGACAGUGUAAUGGGACACCUUUAAUUGGACAGUUGAAGUAGCCAAUCAUGCUAAGUUCACUUAGCUAAUCCACCAAUCAUAGAAAUGAUCAAAAUAACCAUAGCAACAACCACUCAUGUAAAGAAAAACUGGGAAUUUCCAGAAUGGAGGAAUUUUUUAACUAAAGACAUUGUCUCCACUGGAGAUAUUUGUUCGAGGUGUAUUUGUUUUUUCAGAAAUUGCAUUGGUUAUGAGUAAUUGGUAACACAACUUCUUGUCAUCCAAUUCUGUCUGUAAUCAUACUUGUGAUUCACAAAUCAGACUCCUGCUUCACAGUUGUCUGAUUUUGUUAGUAACUCAUAUGAUUACAGACCAAAUUGGACUUGACUCAGUCUUAUUACCAUGAUUAUAAAUCAAGGAUAUCAGAGGUAUUACUUCUCCUGCUUUAUUUUUAUUAAUGCAAAAUAGAACCAUGGCAGUGAUACCAGAAACCCCAAAUGUAUCAAGAGACUGUACAGUUAUUCAUAUUUGUACAAGUAAUACUGUUAGAAUAGUUCAUUAAUAGUUAUUUCGUAGAGACAAGAAAUGCAUUAUUUUAUUUUGUGUGCCAGUAAUGGAAACAAAUGCUAAAUAAAAGGUCACAGCCAGGA